AUGAAGUGUCCCUGCACUUCAACCAUGAUGUACCUUUGGCUGGUGACGGCAAAUAAGCCAGACAUUAUGGGCAAAAAAUUACCGACCCCAGUCACCGGUGGUCGCGGGGCCGAUGCGACGGCUAGAUCAGCACGACAGAGUGCCCAAGUUUCUGAAUCCUGCCGUCCAGUGCUCCUCAGCCAGGCCGUGAGCUAUGAGGCGUCUGAGGGUGAGUAG